AUGGACCAGCUCAGCGUAGUUAUUCGCUAUAUAAAAGAUGAGCAGCCAGUAGAGCGAUUCCUUACAUUUAUUGAGUUAAAAACUAAUCACACAGGAGAUGAACUGGCAAAGCAGACUCUUCAAUACCUUGAAGAACAUUGUGGAUUAGAUUUUUCAAAAUGCAGAGGCCAGUCUUAUGACAAUGCUGCAAAUUUGUCUGGGCAUUACAAUGGCAUGCAGCAGAAGCUUCUAGAGGCGAAUCCGUUGGCAAUAUAUAUCCCAUGUGUAGCCCAUUCUCUCAAUUUAGUAGGUCGAAGCACCGUGGAUUGUUGCCUAGCAACUGUAAAUUUUUUUUCAUUAGUCCAAAAUCUAUACAAUUUUUUUUCUGGUUCAACCAUAAGGUGGCGCAUAUUAAAAGAUCAUUUGGAUAAUGAAAGUGUUUUGAAAUCUUUAUCAGAAACGAGAUGGGAAGCACACGCUAAAGCGAAAUCAGCUUUUUCACAGACAUAUAAUAAAAUUAUAUGUGCAUUAGACGUCAUUUCUGUGGAUGACAUGCAAAAAGGAGAAACCAGAAGAGAAGCAGCUAAUUUGUCAAAUAAACUACAAGAAUUGGAGUACGUAUUCAUGUUGGUCAUGUGGGAAGAAAUUUUGCAAACCUUCAGAAAAGUCAGCAAGGUAUUACAAGAUCCAGAAGUUACUCUAGAGACUUGCGCUAAUCUCUACAAAUCACUCGUGGAUUUUUUAGAAAAAUUGCGAAGCGACUUUGAUUCUUUAGACGCCCGUGCAAAAGAAAAGCUACCAGAUGUGGAAUACAAAGACACCCGUCAAAGACGAAGAAAGAAAAUGCCUAAUGAUGGUUCGGCUCCUGAAAGAUGCGAAAAAAGGGGAGAGAUAUACAAAGAAACAGCAGACAAAUUCUCAUUCUUGAAUAAAAUACCCGAUGCCGAUAAAAUUAUGUGUCCCGAUCAAACUGCAGAAUACAGGCAGCAUAGUACAAAUCUAGUAAACACAUAUCCAGAAGACCUUAACACUGAAUUAAUAACAGAAGUUCAACAGUUUCAUUCAUAUAUCAUAAGUAAAAUAAGUUCCAGACCCAGUGACCCGGCUCGCACAAGUUUACAUCAAACUCACGCACAAUUGUAUAAAAUAAUACAUGAUGAUAAAAUUGAAUCAGCAUUUCCUAAUGUGGAAACGGCCCUGCGUUUUUCGCUGCGCUGA